AUGGAACAGAGUCUGGACGGUCUGCAGAUCCAUGCAGCAUGGAAGGUACAGCAACGCCUCCUCGCGCAUGCACAUUGUGAUGCAAGAUCGAUGGCUCGGUUUACUGGGGUCGCGUGUCUAUCUACCUUAUGUAGGGAUGGUGGCGAUCCGUAG